UCAAUGCCCUCACGUCGCCAAGACGAGCAAGCAGGUGGGCCGCAGGUAAAACGUGACGUCAUGAUGAUACUUUUGAACUCCUUGGCAGUAAAUCUAUAAAGGUGUGUAGUCUUACUGCACAGGUAACCGUUCAGUAAUAAGCCUGAACCUUAGACUGAAGUGAAAACAGAGCGCCAGUGCCUGCUGAGGAUAAACUGUGAGGACUAACAUGCGCCAGGAAGUUUGAUGAAGUUUCACCGAGGUCUACCUGAGAGUAACCCUACCUGUCUGACGAGGACACCGGUAUGUACCCCAACUCACAGUCGGCCAGACACCAGACACUGUCACUGAACAGUCAGUACAUUCCGCCUCCGUAUGACUUCCCUGGUUAUCAUCACGUCACGGGAGUCGGUGACCCGUCGACAAGUGCCUGGAACAGCGUCUACGCUCCCCGGGAGGAGUAUCCGUACAGCUUCCCGGGGUCAAGCCCCAGCGCCGGGCAAGUCAACUUCUCCUCCCCGGAGCUGUGCGGCACGCCUACCGCCGCUGGAGGGGGGUCGUUCAUCCCCUACAACUUCAUCUCCGGACAGGACCCCUUCAGCUCCAGGAGGAGAUCACAUGAAUCCGUCAGACCGUCAGUUUCAGGAGUGAAGACUCGCACCAAGGACAAGUACAGGGUGGUGUACACUGACCAGCAACGCCUGGAGCUGGAGAAGGAGUUUCAGUACAACCGCUACAUCACCAUGAGGAGGAAGACCGAGCUGUCAAUGGCACUGAGCCUCUCAGAGAGACAGGUGAAGAUCUGGUUUCAGAACAGACGUGCCAAAGAGAGGAAGAUAAACAAGAAGAAGCUGCAGCAUUCCCAGCAGGCCUCUACGACUACACCCACCCCACCUGUGCUGGGUGGACCCGUAGACACCCACAUCACCACCAGCCCCAGCAGCAACCUUUUGUCUGACACGAUAUCAGAGGAAUACUAGGUGGAUUUUACAUGGAAGACUGAUACAGCAUGAAAUAUGUACAUAGUGUCUUUUGUUUUUAUAAGUUUACCACAGAAUGACUGAAGAUGAUUCACAUCAACAUGAUUAUAUAAUGCCACACCUCCUGCCUUUCACACUACAUGUGUGUUGCAUUGAUCGUCUCUGGGCAUUUGCCGAUCACAGGAUGUUAAUGUGUUAAUAUGGAUAAUUAUCAGCACCAAGAUACUGAUUUUAAGGACAAAGAAUCAUUGGACAACGUGUCACUUUUUCAAAAAUUGUUGGUUAAAGUCACAUCAAAAAAGCAUUUUCAGACGUUCCUCUUUCCUUAACAUAAAGGGAUGUGGAAAUGUUUCUGAAUAUUGGUUGAUAAGCGUGUGAAUGCAGAUGUCUAUGUAUAGUCAAGUAUCUGCUUCAUUAAUAAGAAAAUAGGAAUUAUGUGUCUUUUUUAUGUCUUUCUAUUUGUUCUAACUGCAUGAGGAAAUGCAUCUCAAAAUCACACUUGAGCAUAUAAAUAAAAAUUAAAAUGAAUAAUGCUGAUUCUGCCGAUAUAUCCAAAAACAGCCCUGCUCCUUAUUUUUGGGGAAGUAAAAUUAUGUUAAUUCAUCUCUUUAUUACCAUUUGAAUUUACAGGAAAUAGAGAGAGAGCAAAGAGUGUUGUGUUUGUUACUUCUAAGGAAAGAAGGUGAUGCCAAAGUUCAACACCCCUUUAAUGUUCUUUCUGUUGAAAUGUUGAUGCAAGGUAUGUCUUGAGAAUAGAUCAUUCAAAAAUAUAUACCGAUGGGUUUCAGUUAGGAAGAGGAAAGCAGCUGUUUAUAGUGUGAUGGAGAGGAGUAAAUGCACAGAAUGUUAAAAACAGGAAGUAAAAGCAAUGGGAUUUUGAUAUGAAAACACACAUUUUGUAAUUUGGCAUUCAUUGUUAAACAUGUGUAUAAUAUGACAUGAAAGAAACAUUUGGUGAUAACAUUUGUUUUCCCAUUUUGACUUAAAAUCUGUUUUUCUUUUCUUUUUUUUUAGCUACAACAUUGUUAUAACAGCAAGGAACUGAGAGCAAACAUGUUCAAAAAUGAUAGUGGAAUAAAAUGUUCAGACAGCA